CAUACGACUUACCCUAAUCCACUCCCACGAUAUUUCUGUAAAUCUAGCGAAUGGCCCAGCAUCCAUAUCCUCUAGGUAGAUUAGGUUAUAUAUAUCUACGUGCCCUCCUUGCCCUGAGUGUGUAAGAUCGACAGAAGAAAAAGCUACAGGUAGUGGAAGUUUGGGUGCUGCUUGUGAUUGUUUACACGAAUUUGAAGGUUGGGUGCUGUGAGUGAUUAUCUACAGUUGUGUGAAUUUAGGGUUUUGGGUUUUAGGUGUGCUGGAGAUGGAGCAAGUGAAGGUACUCAGCACAUGGAUCAGUAUGUUUGGCAUGCGCGUCGUGAUAGCCUUGGAGGAGAAAGGCGUUAAAUAUGAAUAUCAAGAAGAGGUUCUGUCGAAUAAGAGCGACCUCCUCCUGCAAAUGAAUCCCGUGCACAAGAAAAUCCCUGUUCUAGUCCACAAUGGCCAGCCUGUAUGCGAGUCUCUCAUUAUUGUUCAGUACAUUGACGAUGCUUGGGAUUCGACGCAAUUUCUACCCUCCAAGCCAUAUGACCGUGCCCUUGCCCGCUUCUGGGCUGAUUUCACAGAUAAGAAGUUUUAUGACGCGGGAGCUCGUAUAAUGAGGUUGAAAGACGAGGCUCAAGAGCAGGCCAAGCGUGACUUGUUGGAAUGCUUUCAACUUUUAGAAGGCGCAUUAAAAGAGAUGUCUGCAGGGGGAUCCCUGCCUUUUUUCAAUGGAAAGGAUUUUGGGUUCCUAGAUAUUGCAUUCAUUCCCUUUGCUUCAUGGUUUCCUACUUAUGAAUCUUUUGGGAAUUUCAAGAUACCGUUGGACACUGAGUAUCCGUUGCUUGGUGCCUGGGUUAAGAGAUGUAUGGAGAGGGACAGUGUCAAGAAAGGCCUUCCUUCUCCAGAUAAGGUUUUGGAAUUUGCAAUGCAAACAAGGAAGAGGGUUUUGGGUGAUUAGAUUGAUUGGUCAAUCACUAGGCCUGCAAUAUUUUGGUAUCCAUUAGGUGAGUAUAUCGUUUGUAAUAGUUGAAAAAUACAAUAUGUUAAUGAAGUCAUUUGGUAGGGUUCAAUUUAUUGUUGAACAAGUAACUAUAUUAUAGGUAGUAAGUUGUUAUGUUCAAUAUAUUUCAGAGUUGUAAUGUUCAAUUUUAUUGUUGAACAAUUGGUAUGUUUUGUAGAAAUAUAUUUCAGAGUUGUAUUGUUCAA